CUCUCUGGAAAUAAAUUAGAAGAGAGAUAGAUAAUGGCGAAUUCUAUAAACAAAUUCUCCAAAUCUAAAUCCUUCUUCUUCUCCAUCGAUCGAAACUAUCCAACCGUCAUAGACUCCUCCAUGUACGAACUCGACGAAUCGGACGUAUGGAACUCGCCGGUUGAUUUUCAAUCGGCGGCGGCGGCGGCGGCGGCAUCGAAGACUGCGACGUCGUGGCAGAGGCGAUCGAAGGUUGCGGUGAGGUCCGCAUCGGUUCCUGUGGACGUUCCGGAGUGGUCGAAGAGGAGGAGCGUGGACGUGGACGUGGACGUGGACUUGUUUGGCGAUGGAGUAGUAGUACCGCCGCACGUGUUGGUGGCGAGAGAGUUGGAUAAUAAUAAGGCGACUGCAGUAGCGUAUUCGGUUUAUGAAGGACUUGGGAGGACUCUGAAAGGGAGGGAUCUAAGUAAGGUUAGAAAUGCAAUUUGGGAGAUUACUGGUUUUCAGGACUAAUCAAUCAAUCAAUUUCACACUCAACUAUAGCUGCCUGGCUGGCCUGCUGGUUAAUUAAUUAGGGUUUUGUAUCAAACCAAAUGCUGCAAAGAAGGAAGGAUCCAUCCAAAUCCAAAUCCAAAAGAAACUGAUCAGGUUAUAUUUGUUGUUGAUCAUCUUUAGGCUUGACAGGACUUGACUAGUUUCAAAGUAUGUUACAUACUCUUUAUAAUCAUCUGGAUUAUUGGGAAGUUUUCUGGAUAAUUGCUAAUAUAGGAUCGGAUGAUUUUGGUUUC